UUUCGACGAGUUACAGUAAGCUAGUAUGGUGUGGAGCAAACGGUGGCCAUUGCUGCUUACACACAUUAUACACGAGUUACUGCCUAAUAAAACUAAACUAUCGGACAUGCGCUCUUUCUUGUUAUUGGCCUUUAUUUUAUAUGACAUCGUGGCUCAGGCGGCGUCCAACUACGACUACGAGGACAUGGAGGGGAAGCACACGCUCAACGACGACCGGCGAAACUGGAGGAAGAAGGCGCUGGACCAGGGCAGCGACGUCGAGAACCUGAUCAGGGGGCAGCGCCGCUACGACGGCGGAGGGAAGAGUGCAGAGAUAUACGAAGAGAAAGAGCAAAAAACGCCUGCAGCAAUGAAUUGUGAUCGACCGCGUGAGAGGUACGAGCCGUGCUUCUCAGGCUGCGCGUCCGUGUCGUGCGAUAACCCGCGCGACCGGCUGCGGCCGUGCUACCCGUUCUGCGAGCCGGGGUGCGUGUGCGUGCCGCCCUACGUGCGCGACGACCGCACGCACAAGUGCGUGCUGCAGGAAGAGUGCACCAAGGGCCUAAAAGGAGUUCCGGACAUUGGAGAAGAGGUGUAAGAAGUAACCUAUAUAAGAAAUUGUAUAAAUCGUACCUGAGAUACGUUAUUUUUAAUAAAUUACUAUAAAUAAAAUAAUUAUGAUUAC